CUUUUAGGCAGUGGGCAGGUCAGCGCUGCCUCCAGUCCGUCCCUGCCAGGAAACCAUCCCGCCGCCCCCAGCCAGGCAGCAUCCUCGGCAGAGCGCCCUGCCUCCCGCAACCCCCGGGCUUUAUGCCUCAUGCACCUUCCCGCCCCCCCGCAACCUGCACCGCCGGCGCUCGGGGGCUUUGAGCGGCGCCGCGUCCUGCCGGCUGCAUCCCCCGCUCCUCUGCGCGCACGGGGCAGCCCCAGCUGCUCGGGGAGCCACGGUCCGGCGGAGCUAGGCAGGCUGCGGGGGGCUCCGAGCCCCGCUCGCUAACCCAGAAGCGGCCGCCCCGCGCUGUCCAGGGUGCGGGCCGGGGGCAGCUGCAGCAGCCCUUUGGGGCCAGCGCUCCCUGGCUGGGGCGGCCAGCGCCUGACCCGGCUCCCGGCUUGCUCCAGCGCAGCGGGGAGCUCCCGGGGAGCUGAGCGCGCGCUGUUCCCGCCAGGCGGGCUCAGGCUCGCAGGGGGCGAGCUCGCGGGACCAUGCUGGCCGCCGGCGGCGGCAGCAGCAGCAGCGGCGGCCCGGCAGGCGCGCAGGCGCAAUCUGCCCGGAGCCUGCGGUUCCCGAGCCCGGCGUGCGGCACCGCCACAGUCUGGGCUCCCCCCGCCGCCCGAGCGCUACUACCAUGAACUGCUCCAUCCUCGCCGGAGCUACUCACCGGCACUGGGCGCGAGACACCUCCCCGGCUGCCCCCAGCCGCCACCGCCGCGCCCCUGCCGCUCCAGAGCCCGGCUCUGCAGGCGCAGGAUGCCGGGCGGCAAGAGAGGGCUGGUGGCACCGCAGAACACCUUCCUGGAGAACAUCGUCCGGCGCUCCAGCGAAUCAAGUUUUUUACUGGGAAAUGCCCAGAUUGUGGACUGGCCUGUAGUUUAUAGUAAUGACGGUUUUUGUAAACUCUCUGGAUAUCAUCGAGCUGACGUCAUGCAGAAGAGUAGCACUUGCAGUUUUAUGUAUGGGGAACUGACGGAUAAGAAGACCAUUGAAAAAGUCAGACAGACUUUUGACAACUAUGAGUCAAACUGCUUUGAAAUUCUUCUGUACAAGAAAAACAGUAUGUAUAACAGAACCCCAGUUUGGUUCUACAUGCAAAUCGCACCUAUAAGAAACGAACAUGAAAAAGUGGUUUUAUUCCUGUGCACUUUUAAAGAUAUCACUUUGUUCAAACAACCAAUUGAAGAUGAUUCAACAAAAGGUUGGACAAAGUUUGCUCGAUUGACACGAGCUUUGACUAACAGCCGAAGUGUUCUGCAGCAGCUAACGCCAAUGAACAAAGCUGAGGUGGUGCACAAACACUCAAGAUUAGCUGAAGUUCUCCAGCUCGGGUCUGAUAUUCUUCCUCAGUAUAAACAAGAAGCUCCAAAGACUCCACCGCACAUUAUUUUACACUAUUGUGCUUUUAAGACCACCUGGGACUGGGUCAUCUUAAUUCUAACCUUCUAUACAGCAAUUAUGGUUCCCUACAAUGUCUCCUUCAAAACGAAACAGAACAACAUAGCCUGGCUGGUGUUGGACAGUGUGGUGGAUGUUAUUUUUCUGGUUGACAUUGUUUUAAACUUUCAUACAACCUUUGUUGGCCCUGGGGGAGAGGUUAUAUCUGAUCCCAAACUCAUAAGGAUGAACUACCUGAAAACUUGGUUUGUGAUAGACCUUCUGUCCUGUUUACCUUAUGACAUCAUCAAUGCCUUUGAGAAUGUGGACGAGGGGAUCAGCAGCCUUUUCAGUUCCUUAAAAGUGGUGCGACUUCUACGCCUUGGUCGUGUUGCCAGGAAAUUGGACCAUUAUCUGGAAUAUGGUGCUGCAGUACUAGUGCUGUUGGUCUGUGUCUUUGGACUAGUGGCCCACUGGCUAGCCUGUAUAUGGUACAGCAUUGGGGACUAUGAAGUUAUAGAUGAAGUCACUAAUACAAUCAAGACAGACAGCUGGCUCUACCAGUUGGCGUUGAGUAUAGGGGCACCCUAUCGGUACAAUACCAGCGGCUCAGGGCAGUGGGAAGGAGGCCCCAGCAAAGACUCAUUGUAUAUAUCCUCUCUCUACUUUACCAUGACAAGCCUUACAACAAUAGGAUUUGGAAACAUAGCUCCAACCACAGAUGGAGAGAAGAUUUUUUCGGUGGCCAUGAUGAUGGUUGGCUCUCUUCUUUAUGCAACUAUUUUUGGAAAUGUCACCACCAUUUUCCAGCAAAUGUAUGCCAACACCAACCGAUACCAUGAGAUGCUGAACAACGUGAGGGAUUUCCUCAAAUUAUAUCAAGUCCCAAAAGGCCUUAGUGAACGAGUCAUGGAUUAUAUUGUCUCAACAUGGUCCAUGUCUAAAGGGAUCGACACAGAGAAGGUUCUUUCCAUUUGUCCCAAGGACAUGAGGGCAGAUAUCUGCGUGCAUCUGAACCGGAAGGUUUUUAACGAGCACCCUGCCUUUCGACUGGCUAGUGAUGGCUGCCUGCGGGCCCUGGCUGUGGAGUUUCAGACUAUUCAUUGUGCUCCAGGAGACCUCAUCUACCAUGCUGGAGAAAGUGUAGACGCUCUCUGCUUUGUGGUGUCGGGAUCCCUAGAAGUCAUACAGGAUGAUGAGGUGGUUGCUAUUUUAGGUAAAGGUGAUGUGUUUGGCGAUAUCUUCUGGAAAGAAACCACUUUGGCCCAUGCGUGUGCCAAUGUCCGGGCGCUGACGUACUGCGAUUUACAUAUUAUUAAACGGGAAGCCUUGCUGAAAGUUCUGGACUUUUAUACAGCGUUUGCAAACUCCUUCUCGAGGAAUCUCACGCUCACUUGCAAUCUGAGGAAACGGAUUAUUUUCCGAAAAAUCAGCGAUGUCAAGAAGGAAGAAGAGGAGCGUCUGCGCCAGAAGAAUGAAGUGACCCUGAGCAUCCCUGUGGACCACCCUGUGAGAAAGCUCUUUCAGAAGUUCAAGCAGCAGAAGGAGAUGCGGAAUCAAGGCACAACACACAUCGACCCAGAGAGGAACCAGCUUCAAGUGGAGAGCCGUACCAUGCAGAACGGGGCCUCCAUCACUGGCACAAGUGUGGUCACUGUGUCUCAGAUCACACCCAUUCAAACAUCCCUGGCUUACGUGAAAACCAGUGAGACAAUCAAGCAGAACAACAGGGACGCAAUGGAGCUUAAGCCAAAUGGCAACCCUGAAAAAUGUCUCAAAGUUAACAGUCCCAUCAGGAUGAAAAAUGGGAAUGGGAAAGGGUGGCUUCGACUUAAGAACAAUAUGGGAGCCCCAGAGGAGAAAAAGGAAGACUGGAAUAAUGUCACAAAGGCGGAGUCAAUGGGGCUAUUGUCCGACGACCCCAAGUGCAAUGACUCCGAGAACAGUGUAACUAAAAAUCCAUUGAGGAAAACAGACUCUUGUGACAGUGGAAUAACAAAAAGUGACCUUCGUUUGGAUAAAGCUGGUGAGACUCGCAGCCCCCUAGAACACAGCCCUAUCCAAGCUGAUGCAAAACACCCCUUUUACCCCAUUCCUGAGCAGGCCUUACAAACCACACUACAGGAAGUCAAACACGAACUCAAAGAGGAUAUCCAGUUGCUAAGCAGCAGGAUGACUGCCCUUGAGAAACAGGUGGCAGAGAUUUUAAAAAUAUUGUCUGAAAAGAACGUGUCCCAGACCUCUUCCCCCAAGUCCCAUUUAUCACCCCAGUUGCCCCCCCAAAUACCUUGUCAAGAUAUUUUUAGUGUUUCAAGGCCUGCAUCACCUGAAUCAGAAAAAGAUGAAAUCCACUUUUAACAUAUACCUAUGUGUAUAUAUGUAUACAGUAUAUAUGCAAUUGUGUAUAUAUGCCUGUAUACGUAUAUAUAUGUGAGUGUGUACAGUAAAUAUAUAUACAUAUAUAUUUUCACUUGCAUCCAAUAUGACUUGAACACAACAAGGAUUUUGAUAUGUAAAUACUGCAUGUCCAGCUGGAUUCUGGCCUGCCAAAGAAAACAAUUAUUAACAUAGAUAUUGCUUGUAUAAUAUGCAGUUGACUGCAUGCACACUUUACAUUUAUUUAUAAUCUCUAUUAUGUAAUAAAAGGAUUACUUUUGUUUAACAAAGGCAAUGUUACUAUUUAAAGAAUCAGGGUCCAACCUGCCAAUAUUGCCAUGACAGUUUUGAUCUCAGGCUGGGUGAACUGAGCGUUUCUUUCCUCACUGUCCUCUCUGCUGAGUUUAAACGGUAGAUUAACAUGAGGCCGAAGACAUGCUCAGUCUUCUAUUAGAAUCACUUCCUGGUAUUGUUCCAUUGUGUUAUAAUGUAUAUCUAGUGGUAGAUUUAUGUUUCCCAUAAAGGAAGUGGAGGAGUCAGCUGAAUUUAAAGGGACAGUAGGCGAUGGUCUGAAAUGUUGGAAAUUAUCACUGGGGGUGUUCUGCAUGCAAUGGAUUUUAUCUCAACUGCCCUCCUCCUCUUAACAUUAUACAUAAGAAACAAUAAUAAUGAAUGAUUAUGUACAAAAUAGCAAAACAAAACAUCUCUCACACACAUCCUGUAUUUCUUUUUGCAUGUGGGAAGGCAGAAACUGUUACCUGAAAGCCUCCUUUUAACAACAUACUUGACACCAAACGGUUAGAAUAAACUUCUGUUGAUUUUUGUAGCAACACUUAGCUACAGCGUCUGAGUCUGUCAGGGUAUGUGUACACUGCAAUUAGACACCUGAGGCUGGCCCAUGCCAGCUGACUCGGGCUCACAGGGUGCAGGCUAAGGGGCUGUUUAAUUGCAGUGCAGAGCUUUAGGUUUGGGCUGCAGUCCGUGCUCUGAGACCUCCCACCUCACAGGGUCCUAAAGCCCAGGCUCCAGUCAGAGCCCAGACAUCUACACUGCAAUUAAACAGCCCCUUAGCCCGAGCCCCAUCGUGUCAGAGUCACCUGGCCCGGCUCAGCCUUGGGUGUCUAAUUGUAGUGUCGACACAACCUCAAUGUCUUUGUUAGAAACUCCAUUUUUUCCAGGGUUGAUGGCAGCUCCCUGGCUGAGACAUCACAUGAAAGGUCUCAGUGAGGGAGAGGGAAAUCUAGGCUCAACUCAUUGGGAGGUUGUAGCAAGUAGUGUCCAAAGCCUGACAUUAAAUGGUUGCAUUAAUCCCCCCCUUUUUUUAAAGGAUGUUUGUAACUCUAAACUUGCCAGUGGGGGCGGGAGGGGUAGAUCAGGCUGUGUAUUCACUAAGGGUGACAUUCACUUCAUGCCCAUCGAGCCCGGGGAAUAGGGCUGUGGGAGGAAGAAGUGUGGGAAAGCUGGGGAGAUGAAAUCCAACCCCAUCUGGAGACUGGGUGCCUGAUACAAAUGCUAUUGAACUCAAUGAGAGUCUUAACCUUGACUUCGGUGGACUUUGGAUCAGGCUGAAGGUGCAGGACUGCAGCCCCUGCACAGCCAGUUGUACAGUGAAUGGGGGUCAUUCGCUCCUACGACCCCUUACCAGAGCCCGCUGGUGAGCAACACAUGGAGAGCCCACAUGCAGUGUGUGCGAUUGCUUAGCUUACAGCAUCACAUUCAUGCAUUGCCAGUGCGGGACAUUAUGAAGGGUGCUUACACCGGCACUGUCCACCAUGGGUGAACUUUACUCAGCUUGCUACAGGAUUUUAAAAAGAUGCAUCUCCUACACUAGCGAGACUUUAAAAUCUGCUUGGGCCUGAUCCACGGCUGUCCGAAAUUGGGAUAGGUCCAUUGACUUUAAUAGAGCCACACCAAUUUACACCAGCUACGCAUCAGGGCAAAUACUGCUUGUGCAGGUGCUUUUUUCAACCAAAGUGCCCAUAGAGGUUUUAGAACAUGCGUGGUUGCUGACCUAGACUGACACAAUGGACCAUAAUGACUCCAAUGGAGGAGUUCAGUAAUGCGCUUUUAUGGCCUCCUGUGUCAUAAUCCCACUUUCUAAAAAGUGCCUAUAGCAAAUACAAAUUUGCACAAAAAGCUUUUACAAUCAGUCAGGUAAAACCGAUCAAUUUUCAUAAUUAGUAUGCAUCCUUACCAAUUAGGCUAUCAGAACCAUUGCUUUUCAUCAGGUAACUAAAAAAACCAAAACCCAAAACAGUUCCCCUGUGCAAACUGAAUCAUUUAUAGCAGCGGAAGUUACAAAUUUUCAUCCCAGGUUGAACAUGCCUCUUCACAGCAAAUUGAAAUACGUAAUUCCACAAAAGGCCAUAACAAAGCCAAAGACGUCAUUGCGGCUGUUGUGUCAAUUCUCAUAGGCUUUUAGGACAAUUUUCUUUCUUUUCUUUUUUCCCCUUAUGCCCCCUCCUUCGGGAAAUUCACAAAGUGUGUGGAUGCGGGAGGGGGAGAUUCCACUUCAACAACAAUUGUGGACAAUUAUUUUCAAAGCCUGGUGCCUAAGCGUCCCACUCACUUUGCUCAGUUACAUACUUCCUUUUUGUGGCUGCAUUUUUGCAUCUGCUAUUCUACUGCAGGUACAAAUCAGGUAGCUGGAGAUACAUGGGGCAACCACAAUUCAUUUUGUGGAUACAAGUUGCACUUGGAGAAAGGGAGGCCAGACUUAGGGAUUUACACCCUUAUGUGUCCACAGAGGUGUGGGGGCUACAUAUGCAGCAUGUGUUUUGUGGGUACAUCUUAAGUGCCACGCUUUACAGAUUUAAGUGUCUGACUUUAAUCUCUGGUUAAAGCCGAUACACAGCAAUUAAUUUUCCUGGGUCCCUCUCCAAUGUGCCUAGCUGUUGCACAUGUUACAGGAAUGUGGUUGAGAGUAGCAAACUUGCCAGUUGUUAUAGUCUCCGCAUCUCCCCUCUCCUCCUUUGCAGUGGAACCAAUGUGGUUUUGCUGCGCAGGCCUGAAUGGCAAUUCUGGGAGCCAGGCCCCCUGCACGUUGUGGUGCACAACUCCCUGCACUUCAGCACAGAGGUUGAGGUUGGGAGAGGAAUGCACCGGGGGUAGAUCCAGGUGAGCUGUGACUAUGCCCAUCACCGGCAACUUCCACGGAGGGGUAGGGCACCCUCAUUGAGUGUAGAGGCUAUUUGCCCGGAAAAGAGGAUCUUGCCCCCGAGCCUCCCAGUGAAUAGCCUAACUACUGAGACUGUACAGGGGGCAGGACUUUGACCCAUGUGCACAUAACUCCGGUUUCAUAUUAACCAGUGCCAGCUCUACUGUUUUUUCUGCCCCAAGCAGCGCGCCGAAUUGCCACCGCGGGCAGCUGAAGACAGAAGCUGCCGCUGAAUUGCUGCCGCCGCGGAAACGCACGUGCCGCCCUAACGGCACACGGACUGCCCCCGCCAUCCGCCGUGGCAAUUCAGUGUGCUGCUUGUGGUGGCAAAAACACACAGACAGCCGCCCCUUGCAGAUUGCCGCCCCACGCACCUGCUUGGAAUGCUGGUGUCUGGAGCCGGCCCUGAUAUUAACAGGAAGUUACAUGAAUGAAACAGGAGGGGAAUAUGCCUCUGUGUUAUUCUGCAGGAUAUAACAGGACAUGUUAGGAAGCUUUAGCCUUAACUGUGAAUUUCUUUGCCUUUGUGGGGGAUUUAGUUCUUUCUCUGUAACUAACGUUAACCAGAACUGCAUGGCAUGUAAGAGGAUGUUUUUUUACACUCUUAAAUUAGCUGUAACUUCAUGCGGCUUUUCAAUGAGAGAACAUGUAACUAAACGAAUCUGACCUUGAAAAAAUUUUGAGAUAACUGUAUCGAUUACAGUUCAGGUACAACUAGACUGGUUAAAAAUGCAUACUGGCUAAAAGCUAUGCAGACUAUAAACUAGUAAGUUCAUGGAACAUACAAGGUUUUUCCAGGUUCGGUGUCAAUUCUUGUGCCUGUGCUGCUCUUACUCUGAUAUUCAUAGGUGCUGGAAAUAAGGGUGCGGGGGGUGCUGCCAUGUCCCCUGGCUGAAGUGGUUUCCAUCAUAUAGAGGGUUUACAGUUUGGUGCAAUGGUUCUUAGCACCCCCCCCCCCCACAAUACAAAUUGUUCCAGCACCCCGAUGGUAUUCCUAUAUCCUCACAAAGAUCCACGGAAUCAAUUCAUAUCUGUAUGAGGCAAUACAUACAGAGCCAACUUUUCAACGGGAGUGCAAUGGCUGUUCCUACAGUAACUGGGGCAUGCAAAUUGGAUACUCCAGUCCUCAUUGGCAGCACAAAGGUGUGUUUGCAGGCACAUUUUGCAGGUGCAACCUUUGCGGUUACCAUUUGGAAAAUUUGGCCCAUACAUUGUUGACUAUAAAUGAACAAUGCAUUACAUGUUGUUUCAUGAAGUAGCAUGAAUCAUUUAUCAGGAUCAUUUAUCUUGUUUUCCAGUCCCCUUGUUCCUUUGUUUGCAUGAUGUGGCUGACGGUGAUGUUGAAUGGUGUAUACUCUUUUCAUUAAGGAAGCAUGAGUUUGGUGAACCCUGUAAAUAUCACUCUAAUUUUCCAAGCAGAGCAAUACAGUGAUCUAAUGAUUCAAAUCAAACAUGACUAAAAGUGAAACCUACUUUAAUAAGUGCAAUAAUUAAACAAACAAAAAAUUCUCUGAUGCCUGAAUCAGCACUCUAGUAGACAUGUAGGGAGCAUUCAGUUGCAUGCGUUAAGAUUAUUUCUGAGAUAUGUGUAAAAGUACAAAUGCUCCUGCUGCAUAAUCAUAAUAGCGAUAAUUCUUAGCACUUAUGUAGCGCUUUAUGUGUUCAAAGCGCUUUUCAAACACAUACGUGGAUUUUAUUUUCUGGACAAGACACUAGUGAGGGGAAAAAAAGUGUAUAUAAAAUCAAACACUUUCUAACACAAAUGAAACACCUUAUAUAAUAUUUUGGCAUAAUAUUAUAGACAUCAUUUGAGCAAAACUGUAGAAUUACAUCAAGCUCAAAAACGCUGAGUAAUUAAACCAUGAAAGCCUCAGUAGCUAAACAUUGCCUGACUGUUCUAAUUUCUGAUUUGUAAAAGUUUUCUUUCUUUACAGAGGGUUGGGGAUUAGGGUACAACUGAUUUACUUGUGUGGCAAAAAUAAGCUUUUACUAUGUUUUCUUCGUGUUAGCCCAGCAAAGCCAACACACCUAUAAGAGUUGAAUCCUAUUCUCAUUGAAGUCAAUGAGAAACCUCCCAUUGGCAUCAAUGAGAAAGGAUCAUCUCCUGAAUGAGCGUGUUGGCGCAAAAUUCCGAUUGUAGAUCCAAAUUCGUCCCUCAGUUCCAACUUCAUUGAAAGCAACAGGUCUGAACUGUAGGCUGAUUUUGGCCUACAAAAGUCUUUACUCUGGUGAAGAUGCAUGAGGCUGAACAAAUACAGAUUAAUUUUUGGAUCCCAGACUGAGUUUGCAGCGCUGGCAGUUGGAAAAAAACAUUUCAUUGUUUGUAACCGAGCACAGUUGAACUUGAAAUCAUCAAAUCACCAUAAAUAUGGAGCCUUACAAUUCAAGCUGGUUGGAAAAUAGAUUUUCUGUCCCCUGAAAAAUUUUGGAGAUUUUGAACAAAGGAAUUGGGAUAAAAAAGCCAAAAAAUUGAUUUUUUUGGCAAAAUUUGGGUUAAUUGACAUGUCUUGUUUGGAUAAAGUCAUUUGAAAUGAAAAAUUAAAACUUUCUAUUCAAAAAGUGCUGAAAAGGGGGAGCUUUCAACAUUUUAAAAAUGGUUUUUCCAAUUUAUUUCCUACGCGAAAUGUUGUCAAAAUAGACGGGAUUUCACACACACAAAUGUCCUUUGUUGAAACAGCAUUUUCCAUAUGAAAACUGUUUAAAGCAAAAAAAUGGACUCAGUAAUGCCAACCAGGCCAUUUUACAAUUGAUUUUCAGUGCAGAACCACACUUAAUCUCUUGAAUAAAUAAAUACUCCGCUAUGAGCCCCGUCUAUAGCGCCUCACAAUCCGGAUUAGAGUAUUUGAGAAAUGGGGGUGCAGGGCUGCGCAUAUAAAGACCCAAAUCUGCAAGGUAAUGAGCUCCCCAUCUCCCAUUCACUUCAGCGUGAGCAGAGAGUGCUCUGUACCUUUGAGGAUUGGAAAGAGGUAGAUUGUAUUUUUCUUGUCUUUUCUGAAACUAUCCCGAAAUCCUUACUCUCUGGGAGUUCAGGGCAGGGAGCAGAGCAUUUGUCUAUGUAAUUCUGACCGACUGGCCCUGGCCCUUUACCUGCAUCUAUGCAGAGCACACUGACUUUGGGGCGGGGGGUGAAGGGUCUGCAGAAACUCACCCAAUGGGAGGAUUAGGGGCCUGGAUUUCCACAUAGAAUCAUAGAAUAUCAGGGUUGGAAGGGACCUCCGGAGGUCAUCUAGUCCUACCCCCUGCUCAAAGCAGGACCAACCCCAACUAAAUCACAUGCAUGCAGAUAACUUUGUUCUAGGUAGUUUUGACAUUUAUUUUUUGAUGCAAGUAUCAAAUGAGAGCUCUAAUUUCCAGAUUGUUUUAAUCUUCCAUGCGGUUCAGAAUGUUUCACAAUCAAGCACAAGUCGUCCAGCGGACUAUCGUAGGGCAUUUAAUAAUAGAUGAAACAGUCCGCAUUAGUUCUAGAAGAAAAACUAGUGAGCCCUUUUAAUCAAAGAAUAUUUUGUUGAUAGAACAGAUGCAAAGACAAAACACCCAACAGCUCGGAGACCCCUAAAGCACGGUGAAUCAAAUCACUAGCCGUGGUGAAUGUUCAGCAAUAAAGAUCAAUGGUCUUGUGUACUGCAGUGGGACAGUAUAUUGCAGGCUAGAUUGCAUACUCAGACGAUAUAACUGUUCAGCAAGGGCUCGGUGAAUAUGUGGUAAACAUAUCUGCCAAUUAUUGGUGGACCUUCUAAUACAACCUAAUGAGGGGUUAGAGACUUAGACUAUGUCUACACGGCCACCCCUCUUCCCCUCACCCUCCGGAGCAGUGAGUUGAGGGGCCGGAUCUACAGGCUCACAGCGCUCACGCUACAGCACUAGAAAUAGCCAUGUUGACGUUCAGACUGGAGCUGGAGCUCGGGCUCCGAAGCCUGAGGAGGGGGGUGGGUUUCAGAGCCUGAGCUCCAGCCCAUGCCCAGCUAUUUCAAGCACCCGAGUGCAAGCCCAAAACUCUAGACCCUGACUCUGAGACAUGCCGCUGCGGGUUAUUGUUUCCGUUUAAAUGUACCCGUAGGCUACUAAGUGCCUCAGGCACAGAUCCUCAAAGGCAUUUAGGCGCCUAACUCCCAUUUAAAUCUGUGGGUUUUCGGUGCCUAAAUGCAUUGGCAGAUCUGGGGGACUGGGCCUAAAUCAUGUUUGGAAAUGGGAUCUAGGCCUCAUCCACACAUGGUUUUUGCACCAGUAUAACUAUGUCGCAGAUGGGUGUGAUUUGUUACUGCAAGUGUUAGCGUAGACGCAGUUGGACUGGGAUAACGGAGUACACUGGUAUCACUUAUUCCCCUUCCUAUACAGAAGCACAUUGAUACUGGUAUAACUGUGUCCCUACAAGGGGGUUGUACUGCUUUACCUACCGGAGGAUAGUUAAAACGGUACCAUAUUGGUCUGUUAGACAAAGCCAUAGGCUCCUAAGUCACUUAUGGAUCGGUUUUGAAAAUUUGACCUUACAUCUGUGGCAUGGUAUUCUGGUGGCCGACUCCCUACUCACAGUUUUCUUUAAAAUUCUAGGCCCUUUUCAACUUUUUUCCAGGGAGUUAUGUGACCUCGCAAGGUACGUCUACACUGCAGUAAAAACCUGCGGUGUGGCUGCAGCUAGCCCGGGUCAGAUGACUCACGGUCCCGGGGCUUGAGCUGCGAGACUACAAAAUUACAAGUGUAGACAUUCGGGCUGGACCUCUGCCGCUGAGAUCCUGCA